CAAUUAACUUUACUAGUAUGCUGAUUUUCCAACAUGUGACUAGAAAAUUAACUAUAUAUUUACUGUUUAGUACUUAUAAAAACAAUUUUUUUCAUUAUUUAGAUAGAUAGUCGUUAUUUUUAUAAAACAAUGGAUGCUGUCGACGCACUGCUGAGUCAAAGCGUUUUGAAACCAGGUUUCCAAAAAAAUUACAAGGUUCCAGUUAACGAAAAGAGCUCAAAGAUCAUCAAAAGAAAUAAAAAGAAAGAAGAAGCAAAAACCAAAGGUAAAGGUUGGUUUAAUUUACCAGCAACUAAAUUGACAGAUGAUGUUCGACAUGAUCUCGACUUAAUCCGCAUGAGAUCAGCAUUAGAUACUAAACGUUUCUAUAAAAAGAAUGAAACUGAAGCAUAUCCCAAAUAUUUCCAAGUUGGUACUGUAAUAGAUUCACCAUUUGAAAGUAAAGCUGGUCGUCUCACUAAUAAGGAACGAAAACGUACUAUGGUUGAUGAACUGUUAGCAGAUGCAGAAUUCAAGCAAACAACUAAAAAACGUUACAAAAAUAUAUUAAUGGCUAAUCCUAAAAUGGCAUCUAAAAUAAGAAAAGAAAAUAGGAAAAUGAAUAAAUUAAAAAAGAAAAGAAAGUAAUUAUUUGUUAAAAAAAACAUUUUUUGUACGUUAAAAAUAAUAUAAAUUUAUAAUUUGAUUCA